CUGGAAGAAGACGCUGGCAGCUAGCCGCUAGCCCCCGGUGCUACAGCAGGCUUGUUGUGUCUCUCCCCGGUCGACAUGGUGCUCGUUGGAUCGCUACGAAAAGAGCUAGCGGACUCGCUUUCGACAUGCAAAGUCCUGGUGGUGGGAGCCGGUGGCAUCGGUUGCGAGCUGCUGAAGAACCUGGUUCUCACCGGCUUCAAAAACAUCGAAGUGAUCGACUUGGACACAAUUGACGUCAGCAACCUCAACCGCCAGUUCCUUUUUCAGAAGAAGCAUGUCGGGAAGUCCAAAGCACAGGUGGCUAAGGAGAGUGCCUUAACCUUCUGCCCCACUGCGAACAUCACGGCCUACCACGACAGCAUCAUGAAUCCUGACUACAACGUGGAGUUUUUCAGGCAGUUCAUGCUGGUAAUGAACGCCCUGGACAACAGAGCUGCACGGAAUCACGUGAACCGCAUGUGUUUGGCGGCAGACAUUCCUCUGAUAGAGAGCGGCACGGCAGGGUACCUGGGGCAGGUCACUGUCAUCAAGAAGGGAUUGACCGAAUGCUACGAGUGCCAACCAAAGCCCACCCAGAAGACCUUCCCAGGAUGCACCAUUAGAAACACACCGUCAGAGCCCAUCCACUGCAUUGUCUGGGCCAAAUACCUCUUCAAUCAGCUUUUCGGAGAAGAAGAUGCAGAUCAAGAAGUAUCACCGGACACAGCUGAUCCAGAAGCUGCAUGGAACCCAGAAGACACGGCAGCACGGGCCACUGCCUCAGAAAAGGACGGCGACAUCAAGCGUGUCUCCACCAAAGAGUGGGCUCGGUCCACCGGGUACGACCCGGUCAAACUUUUUAACAAGCUUUUCAAGGACGACAUCAUGUACCUGCUGACGAUGGACAAGCUGUGGAAGAAGAGGAAAGCUCCGACGCCGCUGGACUGGCACCAGCUGGAGAGCGCUGCAUGUCCCCAAGAAGUGGCCCCAGUGUCUGGUCUGAAGGACCAGCAGGUUCUCAGCGUGUGGGGACUCUGCCAGCUCUUCCAGAGAAGCGUGGAGACCCUUCGCUCCCUGCUGCAGGCCAAGGGGGACGGGGCUGAGCUGGUGUGGGACAAGGACGACCCUCCAGCCAUGGACUUUGUCACGGCGGCAGCAAACCUGCGCAUGCACAUCUUCAGCAUGAAUAUGAAGAGUCGCUUUGAUGUGAAGUCAAUGGCUGGAAACAUCAUCCCGGCUAUCGCCACGACCAACGCCGUCAUCGCCGGACUCAUCGUGCUGGAGGGCCUGAAGAUCCUCUCAGGGGAGGUGGAGUCGUGCCGCACUAUUUUCCUCAACAAAUGUCCAAAUCUGAGGAAGAAGCUAUUGAUACCUUGCGUUCUGGACCCGCCCAGCGCCAACUGCUUUGUCUGCGCCAGCAAGCCAGAAGUUACCGUCAAGGUCAACGUGGACAAAACCACUGUCCUCUGUCUGCAGGACCGGAUCCUGAAAGAGAGGUUCGGAAUGGUGGCUCCAGAUGUUCAGAUAGAGGAUGGGAAAGGAACCAUCCUCAUCUCCUCAGAGGAAGGAGAGACAGAAGCCAACAACAGUAAAUUCCUGUCGGACUUUGGCAUCCGCAACGGCAGCCAACUGCAGGCGGAUGACUUCCUCCAGGACUACACGCUCCUCAUCAACGUCCUGCACACUGAGGACCUGGAGAGGGACGUGGAGUUUGAGGUGGUCGGUGAAGCCCCAGACAAAGCCCCGCCUCCUCAGAGCAACCAGGAAGAAGCCAACAACAUCACCAAUGGAAACAAGGACUCCGCCCAGCCAUCUACCUCUGCCAAAGCUCCGACGGACGACGACAUCAUGAUUGUGGACUCUGACGAGGAGAACGGAGAAGCGUCCAGCUCUGCGGUGGCGACCAGCGGCACCAAGAGGAAGCACUCGGAAGCAGAUGGUGUGGAAACCGUCAAACGUCCUCGUGUAGAACAAUCAGACGCAGCAGCUGACAACGAUGAUGAUGACAUCAUAGCGCUGGACUAACCCCCCUCACCCCUGUUCCCCUGAAAACGGACAGUCGACUUCAGUAAAACCUCUAGAAUGAAGAACUGUUUCCCCCACAGGCUAGUUUUCUCGGUACCCUCCGCUUCUGCUCGUUUUGCUGUAAAUAGAUCUGACACAAAGACCCUGUUCAGCUUUUUUUAUUAUUAUUUCUGGUCUCUAUAAAGUGCUUUUCAUGAUGUCAAAUCUAGUGCUUUUGUAUUUUUUAUAAAUCUAUUUGUCAAGUUAUGUCAGUGGAGGGGUUCUGUUCACAGGUCCAAUGGUGGGUGGGGGUCCGGUGUCGUCCAUAAUGCUGUUGCGGGGGUACGGACUACGAGACUUCUGCGCCCUCAGGUGGUUAGGAUCAGUUCUGCCACGCUCCGUUACGGUUGCAUCUCUUCAUCGCUGUGUGAAGCUUUGUUCUACAGGCUGAUCUGAAGUGAAGCACAAUUUACUGACUGGCUCUGUGGUGUUUGAAUGUAAACAGGCUGAUUUAGGUCCAAAAGCAGUGAUGGGAAAAGAACCUCAGAUGUAGACCGACACCUCACUCAUCUGUAACGUCAUUUCAAACGCAUCUAACAUUUGAGACCUUUGGACCAAUGUAGUGAAGAUAAUAAAUGGAAAUAA